AUGAGCAUUUUCACCUUUAUUCCUAGCCCUUUCCCAAACAUCGCAUUUGGACCUAUCGCCUUCCGCGUCCCCCACGCUUCUCCCCACCGUCUCUCACACACCUCCCCACGCACACGCCCACUCUUCCCACCGUCGCCCAAGCUUUCCCCCACCGUCGCUCACGCUUCCCCUUACCGCCGCUCACGCUUCCUCCUGCCUUCCCCCACACCGUCGCUCACGCCUUUCCCCACCUUCCCUCACGUUUCCCCUCUCAUCGCCCACGAUUCCUCCCGCCGUUGCCCACGCUUCGGAGCACCGUCACCCACGCUUUCCCCACCGUCGCCCACGCUUCCCCCCACCGUCGCCCAUGCUUCCCCCCACCGUCGCCCACGCUUCCCCCCACCGUCGCCCACGCUUCCCCCCACCGUCGCCACGCUUCCUCCCACCGUUGCCCACGCUUCCCCCCACCGUCGCCCACGCUUCCCCCCACCGUCGCCCACGCUUCCCCCCACCGUCGCCCACGCUUCCCCCCACCGUCGCCCACGCUUCUCCCCACCGUCACCCACGCCAGCGUCGCCCACCGCCACUACGCUUGCCCUCCCAUCGUCCUCGCUUAGCCUUCCCGCCGACCUCCCUUCUCUCCUCCUCUCUCCACGUCGUCAUCACUCCCCUGCCCAUCACGUUCCCCCUCUUCACCAUCGCUUCUCUACCCAUGCCGCCUACCCUCUCAUCCCGUCCCAUCGCGUGGGGUGUGGGAGGGUGCCGCGUGGCCAGCAGCACCCUUCAGUCGCAUACACGUUCAUUUCCCCUUCCCUCAUCUCCCCAUUCCUCAUCUCCCCUUCCCUCAUCUCCCCAUCCCUCAUCUCCUCAUCCCUCACCUCCCCAUCCCUCUCCUCCCCAGCCCUCUCCUCCCCAUCACACACCUCCCCAUCCCUCAUCUCCUCAUCCCUCAUCUCCCCAUCCCUCAUCUCCCCAAUCCGCCUCACCCCAUUCCUCCCCACCCCAUUCCGCCCCACCCCUUUCUGCCCCACUCUAUUCCACCCCACCCCUUUCUGCCCCACCCCAUUCCGCCCCACCCCUUUCUGCCCCACCCCAUUCCGCCAUGCCAUCCUACUUCUCAUCCCCUUUUCCUCGUUUCCCCAUCCCUCCUUUCCCGAUCCCAUCAUUCCUUCUGCCAACUUUCACAAUUCCACCAUACGGUCAUACCCCAUCCCGCGACCUCCCCGUCACCUCCACCCCGUCCCCUCUCCUCCGUGCUUCUUCCCAUCUUCCGCCUCGCCAAAAGGUUCGUUCUUCACCACCUCCGCUAUCCAUCCCUUUCUAUACCCAUCCCCUCUUCCCCGUCCAUCCUAUCCCCAACUCCUCCCCCUAUCCCUCCUCUCGCGAUCCCUCCUCUACCAAACCCAUCGUUUUCUCAUUCCCUCCUCUCCCCACCCCGUUCCUCCAUGUCUCCCAUCUGCCUUGUCAUUCUUUUGCAUGCUUGCCUCCCUUAUACUUCAGCCACGUCAAAUCUGA